AUUGAUGUUUUCAGAAAGAUGUCUGCUGCCUGUCGAUAUGUCAGACAAGGGCUUUGGCUUACCAAAGGCGAUUAUCCUCUUUGUCCCAAGCUGGGUGGUAAACGAGUUGGGAUAGUUUGGAUGUGAAGUGGCUUAAAAGGUUUGAGGCGUUUGGGUGAUGCAUUUCAUACAACUCAAGGAAGAAAAACACCAGGAGUUGAAUACCCUUUCUAAUCAGAUGUCAGUGAACUCGCAGCUUGAUGCCCUCAUAAUUUGUUGUGCAUUAACUCAUCAAACACAUCACACGAUUAAUAAGAAAGGAGUGAUUAUAAAUGUAGGACGUGGAGGCAUUACUGAUGAGAAGGAAAUGGCAGAGUGUUUGGCUUAGGGAGAGAUUGGAGGAGCUGGUUUGGAUGUGUUUGAGAAUAACAUUUCUACUGAAGUUGAAAGGAUAAAACGUAAUGCAGUAAGAGCAUUUUAUAUGUUUUGUUGUCCGUCUUUGCUUUAGUUUAGUUUGAGUCCGCACAACUUAUCUCAGUUUCUGAUAUCUUCAAUGGCAGCCGCUGAGGAGCAAUCCCAAAAUCAAAAUGUGCCACAAGUACUACUUUUGAAACCUCCACCAGCCUUUGCACUUUUCGGAGAUGAAUUCUUUUCCUCCAACAAGUUCCGGCUCUUGAAAGCGUACGAGUCAUCACUCCCACUUGACCAGUUCCUCGAAACGAAUGCAGAGUCGAUUGAGGCUAUUCUCUCCUCGGGUGGCGCACCAGUAACAGCCGACAUCCUGCAGCAGCUGCCGUUGGUGCGACUGGUUGUCACCACUCACGCUGGCCUAGACCACAUAGACUUGGCCGAGUGUCGCAGACGAAACAUUGCUGUAACAAACGCCGGAAACAUUUUCUCAGAGGAUGUUGCUGAUCAUGUUAUAGGGCUGUUGAUUGAUCUGUUGAGGAAAGUUUCUGCGGCGGAUCGCUACGUCAGACGAGGGCUUUGGGUUGCCAACGGGGAUUAUCCGAUCGGUUUUAAGAGCAAGCGGGUUGGGAUUGUUGGAUUAGGAAAGAUUGGCUUCGAAGUUGCUAAAAGACUUGAGAGUUUUGACUGCUGUAUCUCGUACAACUCAAGGAAGAAAAAAGCAUCAGUCUCAUUCCCUUUCUAUUCAAAUGUUUGUGAACUGGCAACAAAUAGUGAUGUCCUCAUCAUUUGCUGUGCAUUAAGCGAACAAACCCACCAUGUGAUCAAUAAAGAAGUCUUAACAGCACUAGGAAACGAAGGAUUCAUUGUUAAUAUUGCACGCGGCAGUAUAAUCAAUGAGCAAGAGCUGGUGCAAUGUUUAGUUCAAGGAGAGAUCAGUGGUGCUGGUUUGGAUGUGUUUGAGAAUGAACCUGAUAUCCCUGGAGAGCUUUUCGCGUUAGAUAACGUUGUUCUAUCACCACAUAGUGCCAUCUUUACUCUGGAAACUUUCAGAGAUUUGCGCGAGCUAGUGGUGGGAAACUUGGAAGCCUUCUUUUCAAACAGGCAACUGCUUUCUGAAGUUGUUUAUGACUGAAUGCAUAUCUUUUUGUCGCUUUGUUUCUGUAACAAUUAUUAAAAGCAUAAUAAUUCACUCCUCGUUUCCCAGCUUAGU